GUGCAGUCUGAGCCGUGUGUGUGUGUAACAUGCACAUUAGAAUCUCAUCUAUCCCUCACCCCACCCUUCACAGAGUAUUAUCCCCACGCUGAAAAGCAAUGCAAAAAUCAUUCAUGAAAAAAAAACUGGACCCGAUAACUUUAACAGAAUCUGGAAAAAAAGGCGUAUGGCGACAGUCGAUAUUAAAACAUGCAGAGGCAGACGAGCUUGGGGCCUUACUGAGAGGAAUGAGACUGCAGCAGAGGCGAGAGGACAGGGAGAGAAAUGCUUACUGCAGCCCGCCACACUGAGCCAGAUGCUUUUCUUUUUCUUCUGCAUGCUUGCCCCCCUUCUGGGUUCCUGCUCUUUGAGUGAUCAGCUGAUGAAGAGGCUAGCAGCUCGCCGCUAUGCUGGCUUGCUAAUUCUCUCCCCUCCAGCUGCAGCUGCAGCCGAUCCAGCUACAACCCAUCCUGAUCCACAGAGACAGACUGCAGACUGCAGCCAGGUGGAGGAGAACGGGGUCUUGGAGGACAUGGAAGAGGACAUCAGCCUGAAGAAACGGAAAGGUGAUCACCACGGCAACAAAGACUUAGAGUCACGAGACUCCGGCCAGGAGGCUGAAGGAGAAAAGGUCAAAAAGCGCCGGGGACGACCUCCGGCGGAGAAGCUGCUCCCCAACCCCCCCGAGCUCACCAAGCAGCUGAGCACACUGGUGGAUAUGGUCAUCAACUACAAAGAUGGGUUGGGCCGUCAGAUCAGCAAAGGCUUCAUCCAACUGCCUUCAAGGAAGGAGGUGUCAGAGUACUACGAGCUGAUCCGAAAGCCUGUGGACUUCAGGAGGAUCAGGGAGCGUGUGCGCAAUCAUAAGUACAGGAGUGUGGGAGAUCUGGAGAAAGACAUCAUACUGCUGUGUCACAACGCCCAGACCUUCAACCUGGAGGGAUCUCAGAUAUUUGAGGACUCGAUUGUUCUCAAGUCUGUGUUUGAGAGUGCACGACAAAGGAUUGUCAUUGAUGAUGAGGUGAAACAGGACAGCACUGCCAUCCGUGAUGACGGAGGUCGAGACAAUCAGUUGGUUUCAUCAGCAGUGAAAAUGGCAACAAAGCAGGGGAAACAGAGGAUGAAGGAGGAGAGAAGCAGAAAGACGAAGGUCAAGAAGACAGUCUACAGUGAUGUAGACAGCGAUGAGGAUCUGGAGGACAAUACAGCUAAAGAUGAGGGUUGACCUGUAGGACCAACGCUAGUUCAUUUAUCCUCCUUAUCCUCUUUCUUUCUAUCCACUGUGACUGUUUUGCGUUGCAGCUUAUUCAUUUGCUCACCUUGCAACAGGUUUGUCUCAUCUCAAGUCAAGAAAGCUACUCAAAGGAAUGUACAUAACUAAUUAUGUUGGUCCUCAAGUAAUUAAUGCAGCCUCAAAUGUUCAUCUCCUUUUACUAUUAUUUUGGAUUUUUUUUUAAUGAUGUUGCUCCCUCGGUCUUCAUAUGAAAGCUACUGUGUGUAUCCUUAAUGCUUUACCAGAGGAUAUCUCUCCACUCUUUUUACAUUAGUUGUUUAUUUAUUUGAACGUGUUAUUACUGUAUGUGUGAAAUUAGAAUGUAUUUCUGCUGAGACGGAGACCACCCUCAGAGAGUGGUGCCUGUUGAUAACAUCUCUAUGUGUUGUGUACAGGUAUGGGAGAUGUCAGAACAUGGUUGGUCAGCUCUUCAAUAUGACCAGGAUGGACACUCAAAAUGUGUGGAUUUAAAAUGAAAUUUGAUUCUGUAAUAAAACUCCAAAUAGGGGAAGUGUAUUUGAACAAUAUUGUGUAUUCUGAACGACCUGACCACCAACGUUGACUUCAAACUUAAUAAGCAGUUACAAACAGAUAAAGUUGUAUCACUUCAGGUGUAAGUUCUAUACUUUAUAUUCAUGGGCUUUUUGUAUUAUUUUGCGUCUUUUUGAGUUUGGCUUAGAGUGGCAACUAGCAAGUCCCAGGUGACAAACAUGAAAGAGAAAAAAAGAGAGCUCUCCCAGCAGGAGACAGUAUG